AAGGGAGAUUUGGAUCACUAAUCAGUUGCAUCUCUUAGAUAAGUCACAUAACAAGCAUACGACUUCUACUGUGCACAAUUUUUUCUUCAUUACAUGUCAACACUGGAGUUUUAGAAGUACUUUGCUCAAAGUGCGGCUACUGAGAGGUAAGCAACGUUGACCGUACUUUAUCGUUGAUCUGAAGUAAACGUCACACGAUGGACUUAACAUCAUCAUUUUCAAUCGACAAUAUAUUAAGAAGUAAUCCAUCUUCGAGAAAUGCCAGACAGAUGUUUGAUGAACCGAAGGCACCGCAGGCUCUCACAUUAGCAGAGCGCUUGGCAGAUAUAAUCCUAGAGGUACAUUACAGCUCUACAAGGGGAAAACACCGACGUUCUCGCACAGCUUUCACGUAUCAACAGCUUCAGCUUCUUGAAAACACAUUCACAAAGACACAUUACCCGGAUGUGGUUAUGAGGGAACAGCUCGCAACUUGGACAAAUCUUCCAGAGUCAAGGAUUCAGGUUUGGUUUAAAAACAGACGAGCAAAGUACAGAAAGCAAGAAAAAGUAACAAAAUUCCCCAAGCCAAGUAACCAUAGCAGCAUAUCUUACAAAUCAGAUAACCAUGUCAAAAUCAGCAUUCAUGAUACAACUGGGCGAACUUCUAUUCCUGUUCCUCCAAGUAUCGCUAUUGGUGGGGAGACCCCAUCGGCAGAAACAAGAGAAGUAGCGACUGCACUUGGAUCAAGAGCGAGCCCUGGACGGAAUUCAAAAGAAGCUGCUCAGGUGUUUUCCCACCAAAGACAGCCGUACACUUUUGAACAAUAUCCUGUUAGGCAGUAUGAUACUUCCUGGCAUUGUUCCAUGCCAGCCACAUACACAUCAACUCAUGAUUGCUCUCUCCAUGGUUGCCGUGGUAACGAAGUCGAUACGAGUGGAGGUCAAAAGGAAUUGAAUUCACGCUGUAUAAGGAAACCAACUUCAUCUAGUGUUGAUCUAUGGCGUUCUCAAGCAGGAUUACGAAAUGGCAUUUGCUCAGGUCCUGUCGGCUGCAGGCCGUAUUAACCCUUCUAUGAAUAUGACGUUCGCUUCUGUAUAACCCUUUUAAUAACAUGUUUCCGUUAUCCUAUUACCUAUGAUUCCAUGAAGAAAUAACUAAUUUGACUGGAUAAAUGAAGCCAUUAAAGAGCGCCUUUAAGUUAACCAUGGACACAAACAGACGGAAAAAUUGUUCUCUGGAACUAUUGAGGUUCCUUUUUCGGUACCGAUUUGUUAUAUUCAACCGGUUAACUGUCACUGAAAAUCGUAGAAAAUCAGGCUAACAUAAUUUCAUUGCUUGAAUGACAAUUACGUCUAGGGCAAGGUUUCCGUAGACAAAACUGAAAUUUGAAAUGAACAAUUUGAACACUUCUUGUUUAACCUUCAAUGUUUGAAGCUGCGUCUUGUACUGAUAAAAGUAGAU